AAGCUCCCGUGUGCACCGUGUUGUGGCAGAUGCGAGCCGCGCGGGGCAACGUGGCUCCACGUUUUCUUGGUUUUGGAGAAGCGUCAAUAAGAAUGAAACCUCCCCGGAAGGUGGCUAGGGGCUGGGAGGAUUAGCAGGGCUCGGGAAGAAAGUGCCUAGGGAGGAAGGUGCAGGGUUAGCACGUGGUUUCUGCGGGAACCAAUGGGGGACGGCAGCCUCGGCGCCCCGCGCUGGUUCUUCUGCCAACAGAGAUGGCUCAGAGGAGGACUCCGUCCGGGACACCGCGAGUCUGUCCCAGCGCGAGGGUCCAUCUCCGGGACCUCUAGCGACAAGACGGGAAGCUGAGGGCGCUGCGCUCCGCCGGGUCCCGAAAGCCCUCAGCCCCGCCCCCUCCGCCUGCGGGAUGCUGCUGAGUCCGGUCACCUCCACCCCAUUCUCCGUCAAGGACAUCCUGCGGCCGCAGCGCGAGCAGGGCGGCCUCCCGGCCUCGCCACGGCGCCGGGCGCAGCGUACCCCUGAAAACUCCCAAGGGCCGCGAACAGAUGCGGAGCCGCGAAAACCGGGGAUUCACAGCGCCGCCGGAGAUAGUGGCGGCAGUGGCGGCGACGCGAGGUCUCCCGGGGCUCCGUGUGAGGCGUCGGUGAAGAUGGACAGAGAACCACUGGGGGAGCCACAGCCUGAUCUGAGUGUGGCCUCGCCCCUCCGCGGUGCGACUACGGUGCUGGAGCGAAGCGGCUGCGACAGUGUGCGCGGUGGCGGCACCGAGCUGCCCAAGGCGCGGCAGCGGCGGAAGCCGAGGGUGCUCUUUUCGCAGGCCCAGGUGCUGGCCCUGGAGCGGCGUUUCAAGCAGCAGCGGUACCUAUCGGCGCCCGAGCGCGAGCACCUGGCCAGCGCGCUGCAGCUCACGUCCACGCAGGUCAAAAUUUGGUUUCAGAACCGGCGCUACAAGUGCAAGAGGCAGCGCCAGGACAAGUCGCUGGAACUGGCCGGCCACCCGCUAGCUCCGCGCCGGGUAGCAGUGCCCGUACUGGUGCGCGACGGCAAGCCUUGCUUGAGUCCCGGCGCGCCUGCCUUCUCCGACCCCUAUGGCGCCGCAGCAGCCCCCUACACCUGCUAUGGUGGCUACGUAAGCGCCCCAUACGGCGCGGGUUACAGCGGUUGCUACGGCAGCGCGACCCCAGGUCCCACGCCACUGGCCGGCCCGGGCUUCGGUCCCGGAGGCCGCAGCGUCACCCCGCAGGACCAUCUGCCCGCCACGCUGCAGGGCGUCAGGGCGUGGUGA